GGCGCAGGCGGCGCGGCUGGGACAGGACCGAUGUGGCGCAUGCGUGGUGGCGCCACCAGGCGCGGGAACUGCGGCGGCGGGGACGGCGGCGGGGACAGCCACGGGCAGGGCCGCCCGGGCCGGGCUCGUGGGGGUAGCGGCAUCGGAGGCGGCGUGGGCUGGCGAGGCCGUGCGGGCGGCGCCCGACAGCAGCUGGAGGAGCGGUUCGCAGACCUGGCGGCGAGCCACCUGGAGGCCAUCCGCGCGCGGGACGAGCGGGACCGGCAGAACGCGCGGCUGCGCGAGGAGAACGCCCGGCUGCGGCUUGAAAACAGGCGGCUGAAGCGCGAGAACCGCAGCCUCUUCCGUCAGGCCUUGCGGCUUCCCGGCGAGGGCGGCGACGGGGCGGCCGCGGAGGCGGCCGGGGCCACCCCGGGCCCCGAGGAGGCCGGCACGAACCGGAGGGCGAGAGGCGACGGCCUCGAGGACGAGCCUGGCAGCCCCAGGGCCCUGAGAGCCCGGCUCGAGAAGCUGGAGGCCAUGUACCGCCGGGCCCUGCUGCAGCUGCACCUCGAGCAGCGGGGGCCGCGCCCGCGUGGCGACAAGGACGAGCCGCCUUUGCGUGCACUGGAGUCGGGCCUGCGAGCCCCGGACCCGGAUCCCCCAGAGCCCUGGCUGUAGCCGAAGGCCGCGGCCGCAGCGAGAGGCGGAGCCUCGCGCGGCCCCUCCUUCUUCGCCCGCGGCUCCCCAGCCUAGCAAC